GAUUAUAAAAGAACAACACUGAAAUGACACUAACGGAUACAGUAAGAAAGAUGAGAGUGGGAGAAGAAGCAAGUGCCCAUCUUCUCCACUCAAACACACCCAAAAUUCACUACAUACAUGAAUCACAAUGUACAACUCAGUUACUGUUUAUUAUCCUCUCAAAUAACCAUGCAACUCCAUAAACCCUAACUACACACAUUCUUGUACCAAAUUGGUAUAGAAUUCCCAACAAAAUAUCAAAAACCCUCCAAACAUUACCUAAAAAAUGAUCCCCAGAACCUGCAUUGUCCUGCUUUCUCUUCUCACCUCAUUUUCCCCUCUUGCCACUGCAUUCCUCAACCUCACUCUCCCUGGUCAGCAUCCCAACCCAGAUGAAGUUGUUCUACAAGUUAAUAGGAAGGUUAAUGCUUCGUUAGAAAGAAGGCAAAUGCUGCAAACAACCCAGAAAGACAAUCUGGAUUCUACGUGCCUGACCGGAAACCCGAUAGACGACUGCUGGAAAUGUGAUCCGGAUUGGCCAAACAACAGGCAAAGCCUGGCAGAUUGUGCAAUAGGGUUUGGUCAAUAUGCUCAUGGAGGCAAAGGGGGUGAGUAUUACAUUGUGACGGACGACUCAGAUGACGACGCGGUGACUCCGAAGCCAGGCACUCUCAGAUAUGCUGUGAUUCAGACUGAGCCUCUCUGGAUUGUGUUCCCUCGCAACAUGCUCAUCAAGCUCUCCCAAGAACUUAUCUUCAACAGCUACAAAACCCUCGAUGGCCGCGGAGCGAAUGUCCACAUUGUUGGUGGUGGAUGCAUCACUCUGCAGUACAUAAGCAAUGUCAUCAUCCACAAUGUGCAUAUCCACCAUUGUUAUCAGUCAGGUCAGGCUAAUGUGCGUUCCAGCCCAACUCACUACGGCUUUCGCACAGAAUCAGACGGCGAUGGGAUCUCCAUCUUUGGAUCCAAAGACAUAUGGAUAGACCAUUGUAGCCUAUCACACUGCAAGGAUGGACUGAUAGAUGCAGUGAUGGGGUCCACAGGAAUAACAAUAUCAAACAAUUAUUUCUCUCAUCACAACGAAGUCAUGCUGCUUGGUCACAGCGAUGACUACUUGCCCGACUCUGGAAUGCAAGUCACCAUAUCCUUCAAUCACUUUGGAGAAAAGUUGGUGCAGAGAAUGCCUAGGUGUAGAAGGGGCUACAUCCACGUGGUCAACAACGACUUCACCCAAUGGGAAAUGUACGCCAUCGGAGGCAGUGGAGACCCUACAAUUAACAGCCAGGGCAACCGCUACACUGCUCCGUCAAACCCUAACGCCAAGGAGGUGACAAAGCGUGUGGAGACGGCGGAAGGGAAGUGGAGGAACUGGAACUGGAGAUCGGAGGGGGACAUAAUGGUAAACGGAGCAUUUUUUGUAGCAUCUGGGGAGGGAGUGGAGCUUAACUAUGAGAAGGCCUACAGUGUGGAGCCCAAGUCUGCUGCGCUUAUUGACCAACUCAUCAUGCAUGCUGGUGCCCUUGGUGUUGGUGGCAGGGACAACAACCUGGGGAAGUGGAGCUCGAACGGCGACGGAAAUGGUUUAGGCUCAGGUCCAGACUAUACGGAUGACAUGUCGGGAAGCAGCCGUAUUCCACAGCCGCCACUUUCAUCCACCUCCACCAUCUUCUCAUUUUUCAUCUCGUUGUCAUGCUUGCUAUUUUUGUAUAUUAUCCCAGACAUGCAUUUAUAAUAUCUGAAAAUAAUCAAUGAUUUUAAUCUCCUUUAUUAACAUUAACAAUGUCUACACGAAGCAUAUUUGGUAUCCAAGACCAAGAGAAAAGAAAAUAUAAGAGCAA